AUGAGAAAGUUCUUUAAAUCUUCUAAAUCAGAGAAGUCUGGUGGCUCUGUUGCUUCUCUUGUUGGUCAGAAAAGUGCGUUAGAUCUCAUCAAUAAUGAUAAGAGGAGCAAAGAUAAUACUACUGACGUUACGAUACAGGCUUUCACCGAAUUCCCCAGGAUAUUGGAAAGAAGAUUUGGGGAAAGUUUAGGAUACAGGAUGAAAAUGCUGUCCAAUUUUACCAGAUUGAAUAAAGUGGGAUUGGGUCCACCAGAUUUGGUCCACAUCACACUGUAUGAUAAGUUCCAUAGAAAUGAAAUAGGAGAGUACUUUUACGUAACUGGGGUAGACGUUUCUGCUGAAUCCACGCCUAUUGCUUUGCUUAAAAUGUUGAAACUGAACCGGAAGAGUAAAUCUACUGGGCAAGAAAAUAACGUCUCUACAUACUGUUCCCUUAACAUAUUCAGUCAUUGUGACUUGCGAAUCAGGUAUGAGGCAGAUAGCAACACGUAUCAAGUCAAAGUUGUGGACUGUAUGAGUGGAGUUGACAAAGGUGCAUUGACCGAACAACUUUGGGAGGAAGCGUUUGUGAGUUGCUGUCUGCGAAGCAUCACGUUCAACUAUGAUAAAGAGCGGAAGCUGCCUGGGCUUAUGGAAUUUCCAUUGGGAAUCCACUCUACAAGCGAUAACUUGCCUAGAAAAGUAAUUGAGAUACUGUGUAAAUUUCUACCCAGGUGCUUAGAGAGCGGGUGGGAUUCCACGACCAGCUUAAACUGUAAUUUAUUGCAUAACUAUUUGACCCAGAGCUUGUUGCAGUAUAUAUCAAUUGCUCCUAGACUAACCCAAUUUGCAUUUGAUCUGUUAAGGAAUUUGUGUGAGGUUGAUUUGGAGAAUGCAAUAUACUACAAGGUUGCCAAGAUAGCAAUUCUCUUUCAACAGGAUGAAAACGAUGUGGAAUUUGUUUCAUUGCUAAAUACCACACUGGCAUCAUUAUUCCCACUUUUGGACACGUUGGAGAAGAAAGACGCAAAGAUGUUUCAAACGCUGAGCACGAUUUCUGACCUUUUGAACCUGCAGAUUAGGUUUUUGUUGGCGCGCGGAGAUUUUGCAUUAGCGUUGCCUCUUGCCAUCAAAUCCACCGAGGUGUCUCUGGACUCGUUCGAAUCGUGGCAUCUUUUGGCAAUGUGUUACAUGGAGAUAGAAGAGUACGAAAAGGCUUUACUCGCCAUAAAUUGCAUGCCUAAUCUUCCCGUUACCGACAAGAUCAAGAAGCGGUACUACUGUGAGCGGGCUCUGUAUGAUUACUACCAAAGACCCCUGGGCAACAAGGACAAUCGGAACGUCAGUUUAGACUCGAACGAGUUCAAUUUAGUUAGCAAUACAAUGGAGGGGAAGAAGGACGAGGAUGUCAAAAAGAUCAUAUUUGGAAGGUUGAUAAUGCCUAAUGAAUCCAGGAGGGGCUAUAUCGAACGUAUAUGGGGGGAUAUAUGCUUGCAGUUGGGCCCGAUAUACGGCUUACACUCCUGUAACCUGAUCAAUUUUGUAUCUCGUCACGAGAUAGAAUCCGUGCACGAUAUAAAACUGCUGCGCAGAAACAAUGCUAUGAGACAAUACAGUCUGCCACAGCAGAGAGUAUAUGCUUUGUUGAUGGAGUUGAAGAAGAGAAUUGGGUGGAAUAACCUGUUGGAACUGCGUGCGGGUAUUUUUAUUAUGGACAACGAGUAUCGCAACGAUAACAGCCUCAACAGUUACGGCUACGGGAGGAACAAAGAUGUCCCCUCGUACAUAAGGCGGAAGCGCGUAUGUGAAAGAUGGCUGGACCAACUGUUUCUAGACACGUACCAAGACCUGCUCAUCAGCAACGAAGCAGUACUGGACAAUGCCGAUGUGAAAUUUAAUGGGCUGGAGUGGGAGCUGCUGGGUCUCACAAUGAUGCGGGUUGGUAACUGGAGCGACGCCGUGGCAUGUCUACGGACGAGUGUCACUGCGCGGUUCGACCCCAUCAGCGCAGAAAAGAUUCUCAAGUUGUACUUGGACUCGAGGAACCCGUACCUCCAAACGUGCGACCCGGUGCAUCUAGAUCCGGACCUGGUCAUCGACCUUCUGGUGCAGAAGAUAUCCUACGACUGCCGGUUCUACGACGGGUUCCAGAUGGCAAACCUACAAGUGCUUUUUGAACUAUCGCAGGUACUGGGUACCGAAGCGAUUAGAAAUCGCGUGGCGAUGCUUCCCUUCGCUGCAGAGGGGAUCAUCCAGCUCGUGGACUCGAUGCUGGCGCACGUCGCCCAGCCGCUUGACCAUCAGCCGCUCGCCUCGUAG